GAGAAUGGACGAGAGGAGAGAGGAGGAAAGGGAGGAGGAGAGGAGAGUGAUGAAACCUUCAGUGCGUCGGAUCCGAGCCCAGAGAGGACAGGGUAUCUCUUCUCUGAUGGCCUCUCUCACCCCAACCCUCACCCCUAACCCCUCCCUCACGCCUUACCCUAGCCUCACGCCCUCCUCUUCCAUGGGCAGUGUCUCCCUGGGGGGUGAAGAUGGAGGAGAGGGGUUCUGCAGCCUCCCCCGUCAGAACAUCCUGUCCUCCCUGAGCUCUGAGUGCAGCUGCCUCAGCACCCCCUACCGGACAUUCUGCCAUACGGCAUCCUGCUCUAUGGAUCAUGAGUUCCUGAGCCAGUCAGGGGAGGGUCAGAGCACCUUACUCGGGGAGGACUGGAGCUACGAGCCCCUCUUACCCUCCAGCCGCUCCUCCCCCCUACAUCCUUUCACCUCCAUCUCCACCUCUUGUCAGACCGACUGUAUUUCCCUCUGCUCCGAGUUCCACGGCCACGGCUGCGUUUCUGCCGACUACGCUACCGACAGCAACCGCAGUCCCCACGGUAACCGGGACCACCGCGGUCUCCAUGGACACAGCCGUAACCUGUCAGGCAGUAUCUCUCUGAGGAAGUCAAAGAGGCCUCCCGCUCCCCCCACGCGCUCUACCUCACUACGGUUUAAACCUGGCCGGGGGAAAAAACUGCGCUACAACUACAACAAUGACACUGCUGGACCUGGAGAGGUGGCCAUGAAGGYGAGUCUGACCUCCAGCCCUACUCCCCUCUCCCCUCCACUCUCUCCAGGGGUGUUCGAGGACCCAUGGGUCCCCCGCUGUAGCAGUGUGGGCAGGGCAGGUGCUGAUACAGACAGCCAGAUCAACCAUGUCCCUCACUUCCACAGCUUCCACCAACAGCCCAACCCUGGUCAGGAACAAAACUACCCUGCUAGCCCUUGCCAGCAGCAGCCUCACCCAUCUGUCCCCCGCUCAGCCAGUGCUGGAGGGGUGAGCCUGCUUAUGGGACUUAAAAUGGCUGCCUCUUCUCCUAAGAUGUCCGCCACUGCAGGGAGACUCCAGCGGCUGGCAUCUUCCACCUCCAGUGGAUACUCCAGCGAGUGCAACACCCCAACCCUCUCCUCACCCCUCACACCCUCCUCACCCCAAACACCCUCCUCACCCCUCAUCUCCUCCUCCUCCCUCCACCUCACCUCCUCUUCCUCCCUUCCCAGGACACGUUCUAGCCCAGGGGGAGGAGGGCCAAGACCCCCCAUCCCAGAGAGAAAGUCCUCUCUCCUCUCUUCCCCCUUCUCCUCCUUUUCCUCAACUCCCCUCUCUUCCUACACCUCCUCCGACUCCAGAUUAUCCCCUCUCCCCUCUCCUCCUCCCCUACAGAAGCUUCCCGUUGCCCUGAAGAAGCCCAAGAUCAAUCCCCCGAACACACAUAUGUUGAUGGACAAACCAGACAGACACACCACCACCCCCACCCGUAUUGAUAGGUACACCUCCAGAGCCCUCCGUCCCAGAGACACCACCCUUACUUGGGAUAAACCUGCACAGGCCAGAGAUACAGACCCAGCCAGAGACACAGACCCAGACAGAGUCUCAACAACCCAUAGAGAGGACAACCAAGCCCCAGACGGAGUCUCACCAKCCCAUAGAGAGGACAACCAAGCCCCAGACAGAGUCUCAACCAGAGCCAGAGACAGCAUACCCCUUCCUGAAGUUCUUCCAGUCACAAUACUGCGUACCAGAGUUACCACCAAGGCCCUGUCCUUCAGAACCCUGUGUACCAGAGUUACCACCAAGGCCCUGUCCUUCAGAACCCUGUGUACCGGAGUUACCACCAAGGCCCUGUCCUUCAGAACCCUGUGGAAGAGGGAGGAGAGGUGCAGCCUGGACACAGAUGGGGCRAGCAGCUCCACAGGGUCCCUGACCUCCAGAGAAGACAAUGGUGAGGUGUUUGAUAUUUCUUCAGUGGAGAAGAUGGUGACACCACCACGGACUACUGAAGACCUGUUUGCUGCCAUACACAGGUCUAAGAGGAAAGUUCUUGGGCGCAGGAACUCUGAGGAAGACCGAUGCCGUGUCUUUCCCCUCUCCUCCUCCUCUUCUUUCUCCUCCUCUCCUCCAGUGACCCCUCCAGGCCCUAGCCCCGCCCAUCUGCAACCUCUUGAGGUGUUAGGAUCCAGUAAGGUGAUAGGUCAUAGGUUAGGGGUCAGCAGCAGCAGUGACAGCUUCAAGGCUCUGCUCRUGAGGAAGGGAAGUCGCUGCGACCCUGCAACGCGCAUGUCUGCAGCCGAGAGACUCCGCAGUACUGCCCCCAAACACAUGAUGGCGACAACACAUAGCCAGAGCUCACAGAGCCAGAGCUCACAGAGCCAGCGCUCACAUAGCUCACACAGCCAGCGCUCACAGAGCCAGCGCUCACAGAGCUCACAGAGCCAGAGCUCACAAAGCCAGCGCUCACAGAGCCAGCGCUCACAGAGCUCACAGAGUCAGAGCUCACGGAGCUCACCAAGCCAGAGCUCACAGAGUCACCCCCUGUCAGACAUACACUUGCAGCUUGGAGUGGAGUCACACACUCACACCCCUCAGCCCUUUGCACAAACACACCAGCUAAUGACGCUACACCUACCCCAGCCCCAGUACACACACAGACACAUGAGGACGGCAGAGUGGGCACUCACUGAGGGCACGCUCCCUCUCUCCUCCCUGUCCUCCCCCACAUACCCCUCUUCCCCCUCUCUUUGGGGGUGGCGACCCCCCCGCUCCCCCACUCCCCCUUGCUCAGCCAGCCGGCGUUUCGCUGCCCGCAGCCGACUACACAGCAGCCCCAUGACUGCCAUCUCGGAGCGGGAAGGGGAGGGCGAAUCAAUGGAGGGCGACGGGUUGGCCGUGACCAUCGGACUGGGCCGCGAUUCCUGCAAGACUUUUGGAUUGGUCAAGCUCACUGACGGACGUGCUGAGGCCACCAACGGCAGCCUUGAUUGGCAGCAGAGCAGGUCUAUGGAGACACACACCGUCUUGUGGGUGGGCUAGAGCACCAGACUGGUGAGUCGCUGUCCUACUCAUAUACCCAGGACAGAGGCUUCAGUCCAGGACCUAGGAGACUUUAUGUAUCCUGCACCUGGGGAAAAUGUUGGAAGUCGAACACUGUCUCAAAAAAAAACUACCAUCCAUCAGACUGGCUAUUGUACAGGACAGUGGAGGCUGGUGAGCGCAGCAAUAGGAGGAUGGGCUCAUUGUAACAGCUGGAAUGGAAUUAGUG